AAAACUGUUGCGAUUACCUUAAUCCACCGCCAGGAGGCGACAAUAAGACACCAUCAUCCGCUGAGCACAGAAUUCUGUGGCCGAAGAAGAGCAGGUGGAACCAGGCAUGGCUGGAAACACGAGCAGCGCGGCGUCUAAGGUGAGCAGCUCUCUGGUGAAACUGCAGUCUCUGCACGGAAUGUUUGCUAUCUACAAGAAGAAAGGGCCGACAUCCGCCGACGUGCUGAACGCGCUCAAAGAAGCCUUGCUCAAAGAAGCGGGAGUGGAGACCCCCAACCCCCGGAAAAGAAAGAAGCAGUGGCUGAAGAUGGGCCACGGAGGGACCCUGGAUAGCGCCGCCAGCGGCGUGUUAGUGGUCGGAGUCGGGGACGGCACGAAAAUGCUCAGCUCCAUGCUGACGGGCUCAAAGAAGUACGUCGCUGUCGGCGAGCUCGGGAAAGCGACGGACACUCUGGACGCCACCGGCAGCGUCGUUCUGGAGAAAGGCUUCGAACACAUCACCAGGCUGGAUGUGGAGGAGAAGCUGAAGUCCUUCACUGGGGACAUCAUGCAGGUUCCCCCGCUCUUCUCUGCGUUGAAACAAGACGGCCAGCGUCUGUCCGUCCUCCUGAAGAAAGGUCACAAGGUGGAGGCCAAGCCCGCGCGUCCCGUCACGGUGUACAGCCUCACCCUGCAGGAGUUCACGCCCCCUCUCUUCACUCUGGACAUCGAGUGUGGAGGCGGAUUCUACGUCAGGAGCUUGGUGGAUGAGCUGGGCAAAGCUCUGUCGUCCUGCGCCCACGUGAAAGAGCUGGUGAGAACCAAGCAGGGUCCAUUCACACUGCAGGAGCACGUCCUGCACGAGCAGCAGUGGACUCUGGAGAACAUCCUGCAGGCGCUGCGGCCGACACCGCACGCCCAGAACCAGCAGAACCCGACGCCGAAGGAGCAGCCGGGCCCUGAAUGAGGGAAGGAAGGCCCGAUGGAUCUGCAAAGACUUUUAUGGAGGAAUCGCAUUCAAGCUGUGGGAGUUGGACGAGUUUUCAUUUCAGUCUAUCUUCCUGUGUGAGCGUCUGCAGAGCAGUGGCUGCUGUGCAGACGCUGCUGUGCAGACGCUGCUCUGCAGACGUUGCUGUGCAGACGCUGCUGUGCAGACGCUGCUCUGCCCUCCACUGCAGACGUGUCAAAUAAAUUGUCCCACACUUUAUGGAA